AACAAGUCAAGAAUUCUAGCUGAGCAUGCCUGAAUCGAAGUCGAGAUGGCCGCUGGUGUGGAUCGACUGCGAGAUGACUGGCCUCAACGACACGAAGGACAGCAUCAUGUCCCUAGCAUGCUUCAUCACGGACUACGAUCUCAACGUGCUUGACGAGACUGGCUACGAAGCCGUCAUUCACCACUCACAGGAACAGCUGGAUGCCAUGGGAGAGUGGUGCACGAGCCACCAUGGCUCUUCGGGAUUGACAAAGGCGUGUCUGGACUCGUCAACAACAGCAGAGCAAGCUGCCGAAGAACUCCUUCAGUACAUUCAGAAGUACGCUCCAGAGAGGAAGAAAGCGCUUCUGGCUGGCAACACUGUACAUGCCGAUAAGAUGUUCCUCGCUAAGGAGCCCUGGAGGAAAGUUAUUUCGCACCUGCAUCACAGGAUUCUGGAUGUAUCGGCGAUCAAAGAAGCAGCAAAGCGAUGGGCACCCGAGGAAUUGAUCAAGCAAAGUCCGUCGAAACAAGGACUACACGAGGCGAAAGCCGAUAUUCUGGAGAGUAUUGAGGAGGCACGAUUCUACAAGCGAGUGUUCUUUCAAAACCCUGCCGAGGUUGAGAGUGAGCAGUCGAAACUUCCAAAGUGGCCGUGA